UCAAAUGUACAUUUUUUAGAUGAAUUUAUUUUUCGAAAAUUAUACAAAAAAAUUUACUGAGUUCUUAUUGUCGCUUUUAGUCGUUUGUCUUCGUUGUAUUGGUUGUAGUCGUCGUCGUCAUUUCAAUUGAAGCAAAAAUUUAGUCAUACUGUGAGCGACGCAUUCAGUUUUAGAUUCCUUAUAAUUAUAAUCUCUCUCUAGGCUCGUAUUGUAUUCAAAAAAUUUUGUGGGGCAACCGUUUACCCAAUAAAAACAAACGUUUUAAUUUUUGUAAACUCUAAGUAAAACAAACAAAACAAAAACACAUCAAAAUGUCAACAGUCGAUAAAGAGGAAUUGGUCCAAAAGGCAAAAUUGGCCGAACAAUCUGAAAGAUACGAUGACAUGGCUCAAGCUAUGAAAUCAGUCACAGAAACCGGUGUUGAACUGUCAAAUGAGGAAAGAAAUUUACUCUCAGUUGCCUACAAAAAUGUUGUUGGUGCCCGCAGAUCAUCGUGGAGAGUAAUUUCCUCCAUUGAGCAGAAAACCGAAGCCUCCGCCAGAAAACAACAGCUCGCCCGCGAGUACAGAGAACGUGUGGAGAAGGAACUUAGGGAAAUCUGUUAUGAAGUUUUGGGUCUUCUUGACAAAUACCUUAUUCCCAAAGCCAGCAAUCCAGAAAGUAAGGUUUUCUAUCUGAAAAUGAAGGGAGAUUAUUACAGGUAUUUAGCUGAGGUAGCCACAGGAGAUGCACGCAACACCGUUGUUGACGACUCCCAAACCGCUUACCAGGAUGCAUUUGAAAUUAGCAAGGGUAAAAUGCAACCAACACAUCCCAUCAGAUUGGGUCUUGCACUUAAUUUCUCAGUCUUCUACUACGAGAUUCUGAACUCUCCAGACAAAGCUUGCCAAUUGGCCAAACAGGCUUUCGAUGAUGCGAUAGCUGAACUCGACACCCUUAAUGAGGACUCAUACAAGGACUCAACACUCAUUAUGCAAUUGUUGAGAGACAACCUUACCCUCUGGACUUCAGACACCCAAGGUGAUGGUGAUGAACCACAAGAAGGUGGUGACAACUAACAACCAAACUAAAUUGUUUCCUUUUUAAUGACUAUGAAAUAUUAAAAACAAAUAAACAACAAGAACAUUUAAAUAUUUUUAAACAAACAAAUGAAAAAAAACAAAAAACAAGAAAAUCCAAAAAAUUCAGCAGUAAAAACAAAACAUAUUUUAAUUAAACAAAAGUAAAAAAACAAAAACAAAAAAACCUAAAUUAUAAAUAAAAAAGAAAAGCAUAAAGAACUUUUAAUAAAACCAACAACAACAACAGCUAAGAAACAAACAAAAACAAUAGUUUUGGAUCUUCUACAACAACAACAACAACAAGAACAACAGUUACAAUAAUAAAACAUGGUCUAUAAUUAUGAACAACAGCAGGAAAAAUAAAAACUUUUGGAGCUAAGCAAACAGAGAGCAGGUUGUUUUCCCUUUUAAAUAAACAAAGGCUUAGGGGCAGGGGAAGGGAAGUAUAAGAAAAAACUUUAUAUGGUUAAAGUAAAGAAAUUAGAAAAAAUAUCUAAAUAGGAAACGCAAAAAAAAGAAAAAUUUUAAAAUUCCUAAAAAUUAAAAAAAACAUUUCUAAAUUCUUUACUUUUGCUAAUACAACAACAACAACACCCCCUUCCCCACCAACAGCCUUUUUAGUUUUGUUAAAAUUAAUACUUUUUUCUAACUUUAAAUAAAAUGUAUAACAACAACAA